CGUAAGCAGGAUGCGUUUGGGUUCGAGAGUUCAGUGGGAACGGUUCGUCACUGUGGCUGAGUGUUAGCUGUCGACGUCGAGCUCCACAUCUGUAAGUCUGCCAGGAUGGUUGCGCUUUCUAAAGAGUAUGGAUAUGUGGUGUUAACUGGCGCUGCCAGUAUGGUGAUGGUUGCACACCUGGCCAUGAAAGUAGGCAAAGCCCGCAAGAAGUACAACGUGCGGUAUCCUCAGAUGUACAGCGACGACCCUGCAACUGGCAAGAUUUUCAACUGCAUCCAGCGUGCACACCAGAAUACCCUGGAGAUAUACCCUGCCUUUCUUUUCUGCCUCGCUAUUGGUGGUUUGCAUUGUCCUCGUCUUGUCAGUGGACUUGGAGCUGUAUGGAUCAUAAGCAGAGAGGUGUACGCACAUGGGUACUCCACUGGAGAUCCUAAAAAGAGAAUGCGUGGAGCCUUCGGGAACAUAGCCUUGCUCGGGAUGAUUCUGACCACGUUCAGCUACGGCCGCCACUUGCUCGGCUGGACGGGACCACGGAUGGGCCGCUUCCGUCAAAUCAGCGCUUCAAAUUGAGGACGAAACUCACUCAGUCAUUCGCCUUAUAAUCAAAGCCACUCUGCAUAACCCAUAUACUGUGCGACAUGUGUGCUAACCUCGAAUGUAACACUUCAUAUCAGGCAAAGUUUAUGCUCUCAAGUGACCUGACUGGUUUCUCAUUUAGUAUAAAGGUUGUGCUGCUGUUUUGAUGGGCACUCCCACAACAUGCAGCCUGUCAGUCUGUCUUGAGAGCGUUUUCACUGGCGCCCUGAUUUCGACAUCUUCAAUUAGGUGGCCUCAUGGCUUUUCAUGUAAUCUGUAAUUUUGCUGUAAACAAAUGAAGAUGCUGUAACAAAAAGUGCAUUUUCAGAGGGAGUUUAGCCCUGCCAUGUUUGAUGAAGUGACUAUCAUCUUGUGUUUGCAUUUGUCCAGAUUUUGUAUAUGAAUGAAUACCUAAAAUAGGUUAGUGAGGAAAGAUUGCUGUUGUAGAGUAAAAAAAAACCCUCCAUUAUUCCAGUCAUUCUGAUUGUCAUUUUAAUUUUUUAGAUUGUAUUUUUCAUACUGAUAAAAGGUUUUGACAUUUGUCAUGCUGAUGAUAUCAAAAUGUAAUACGUUAGUUAUAAAUCAUUUGCAUUGGGAGGUGAAUGGGUAUUGACUGAAUGUGAGUCCUGUCAACAUCGGUUUGUGUUUAAGGGAGUGGCUUUCUUUUUAUAAAGCUGAGCAAUUGUUCAAAGUCCA